GCCAUCAUCCCAACCACACAAUUCCAUCAAAUAUCAGCACGCAAACACUGAACGGAUCAGAUUCAGCCCCGAAAGCGUGGUAUCCAGAGUGAGAAAGCGAGACCGUACCGGAGCAGCUGAGAAGCCGAUCCAUCCAAUCUUUACCCACCAAAAGAGAAAACCCGCGCAAUUUUGAACGUUCACUUUCAUUGUUCCCUCUGCGCGGAGAGAGAGAGGGAGAGAGGGUCGAUUGAUGAAGAGGCGAAGCUUGAGGAGUAAUAGUAAAGAGAAGAAGAGAAUGAAGAAGGGCUCACUGACAAGCCAUUUGGCCGUUCAUCACCACCACCAGCAGCUGCUUGGGCAUGUCUCUAUCUCCUUCCAGAACCUCCUCGACUCCGAAGUUCAAGCCUCCGAUCCACAAUCGGCCCUCCUCGACGUCGACGCUGAGGCUAACUCUGCAGACCUUGAUAAAGAUUUCAUUCUCAGUCAGGAUUUCUUUUGUACUCCUGACUAUAUGACUCCGGACGGUCAGUUCAUAUCGAAUAGUUUGGAUUGCAAUAAGGAAAAUAUCCCCUGUCCCAAGUCACCAGAGAAACUAAAAACUGUCAAAAGCAAGAGAAAAAGGCAGGGUGGUAUCUCUGCUAAUUCUUUCAGUUCGAAUUUGCCUGGCCAUGAGCAAGUAGUUGAAAUAGCUGAAGAUACUUUUGGAACAGAUGAAGUGAGGCACGAGGAAACAACAGGAAUUGAACCUCAAAAGAAACACAGUUAUGUUUCACAGUCUGCAGUUGCUUUGCGAUGUCGAGUUAUGCCUCCUCCAUGCAUAAAGAACCCAUACCUAAAUGAUGCUUCAGGAACUGAUAUAGAUCCUUUCAGCAAUCAGAGGUCAAAGUGUGCAGGUAUUUUGGCCACCAUUACUGGUGGGGAUAGCCUUUCUCGCUAUCGGACAGAUUUCCACGAAAUUGAGGAAAUUGGUAAUGGUAACUUCAGCCGUGUUUUCAAAGUCUUAAAGAGAAUUGAUGGUUGCCUUUAUGCAGUGAAGCAAAGCACAACGCUGUUACAGCAGGAUGCAGACAGGAGGAAAGCUUUGAUGGAGGUUCAAGCUUUGGCUGCUUUAGGAUCCCAUGAAAACAUAGUUGGGUACUACUCUUCUUGGUUUGAAAAUGAGCAGCUAUUCAUACAGAUGGAGCUCUGUGAUCACAGCCUAUCUGUCAGUAAAUCUUCUAAAUUAUCAACAGAUGUGGAGGUUUUGCAAAUAAUGCAUCAGAUUGCCAAGGCACUGCAGUUCAUACAUGGAAGGGGGAUAGCUCAUCUGGAUGUAAAGCCCGACAAUAUUUACGCUAAGAAUGGGGUGUAUAAGCUUGGUGAUUUUGGGUGUGCAACCCUCCUUGAUAGGAGCCUGCCAAUUGAAGAGGGUGAUGCACGUUAUAUGCCCCAAGAAAUACUGAAUGACAAAUAUGAUUACCUUGACAAGGUAGAUAUCUUCUCCCUUGGAGUUUCUAUCUAUGAGCUCAUUAGAGGGUCAACAUUGCCAACAUCAGGGACUAUCUCUUCAAAUCUUAGGGAAGGAAAGUUACCACUCCUUCCUGGCCACUCGGUGCAACUUCAGAACUUACUCAAGGCCAUGAUGGACCCAGAUCCGGUUUGGCGACCCUCUGCAAGAGAACUGGUAGAGAAUCCAAUCUUUGAGAGAGCCCAGAGAACCGGAAAACUCCAGUAGUAUGCUUUUUCGAACUCAAUUUCGGUAAGAGCUGGGCGGGGCAUGAGGUUUGUGCAGUUUAUAUUUGUACAACUAGCUAGCAUGAAGAAAGCUUGUGCAUUGCCUGUUUUGUUGCAUUAUUUUUCCCGCAUCUGCACCAAAUUUUGGCCUUUGGAUGGUGGUGCGGCUUUUAUACACAAAAGGAAAGCAAACUGGGAAUGUACACAUUUGCCAGCAAGUUUGGUAAUGCAUCUCUAGUUGGAAGCCCCUCUUGUAUGAUCAUAUUUCUCAGUCGAUCUAAAUCAUGCAGACUUGCAGUUCAUACAAUAUGUUCUUAACAAAAUUUGGACAUGACUCGACAAAAUUUCCAAGCUAACAACGA